AUGAGUUAUUGCCCUUGCGUUCGAAAGUGUUCAAUUGUAGCUUGGUUCCAAGAACAAAGUUGCUGGUUUUUAGCUACAACAGGACAUUUAAACUGGGAGGUCAAUUGGGUUAUGGUGGAGCACAAAUGUCCCAAAGGCGACUCUUGGAACGAAGCUAGGUGUAAACAGAUAGAACUUCACUACAUGGAAGUGCUUAUGGUUAGAAAGGGUAAAUCGUGUGGUAAUUUACCUUCCCGCAAUAGCACUGCCACGAUAGGAGUGUUCUGGGGUCAUGGCCUGUAUGACUCUUCAGACCUCCUAUUCACAGAUGAAGAGGAACAGAUGUGGCGGUUCCUCCACCCAUUUUUUCCGUCAGCGGGAACUCGAUAGUGGUCUUUACUAUUGGGUUUGACAUACACCACUUACAGUUAGAUGAUCAAAAUAGCACGGGUUCCAAGAACAAAGGAGCUGGUCUUUAGCUUCAACAGGACAUUACAUUUGGAGGUCAAUAAGGUUAUGGUGGAGCACAAAUGUCCUAAAGGCGCCUCUUGGAACGAAGCCAGGUGUAAACAGAUAGAGUUUCAUUAUACAGAAGUCAAGUGCUUAUUGUGUGGCACAGAAGCUCGCAAGGUUAGAAAAGGUAAAUCGUCUGGUAAUUUACCUACCCGCAAUAGCACUGCCACAAUAGGAGUGUUUUGAGGUCAUGGCCUGUAUGACUUUUCAGACCUCCUAUUCACAGAUGAAGAGGAACAGAUGAAGAGGAACAGAAGAAGAACAGAUGAAGCGGCGCCUACAGAACAGAUGAAGAACAAGUGAAGAGUGCUGAAGAAAAGAUCAACAGAUGAAAAGAGGGACCUCCAAAGAGUACUCAAUAAGAAGAACCAAGUCUACAGAUGAAAAGCCAUGGCUGAAGAGCUCAC